AUGUCGACUCCGACUCUCCACAUCAUUCUCUUCACUGUUCUUGCAAGCCUCUUCGUCUCCACUUGCUGCGACGAUCAGUCUCGGGAAGAUGUUGCUCUCUUCAUCUUGGGGGACUCCAUUAAUGACGCAGGGACCAACAACUACAUAAACACCACUGCCGGCUUCAGAGCAAAUUUUCCUCCUUAUGGGGAGACGUUCUUCCGCUAUCCCACUGGGAGAUUCUCGGAUGGUCGUCUUAUCGUCGAUUUUAUUGCUGAAUAUGCAAAUCUACCGCUGAUUCCACCAUAUCUCCAAAUGAAAGAUGAUGAAUUCAUGGGAGGGGCGAAUUUUGCGUCCGCUGGAGCUGGUGCUUUGGUCGACACUUAUGAAGGAUUUGUGGUGGAUUUGAAGACGCAGCUGAAGCAGCUUGAACAACUAGAGAAGAAGCUGAGGAAAGAGAUGGGGAGCGAGAAGACGAAGAAGAUAAUUAAGGAGGGUGUUUACUUAAUUAGCAUCGGAACCAAUGAUUACACGAAGCCUCUACUUAAUCCUGCUCUGUGUCAGUCCAUUUCCAUGGAAGAUUACGUGGGGAUGGUGAUUGGGAACAUCACCUCUGUGCUCAAGGGAAUAUAUGAGGUAGGAGGAAGAAAAUUUGCAAUGAUUGGAGUGGGGCAAAUUGGGUGUGCGCCAAGCGGGAGACGAUUGACCAGAAAUGGUUCUUGCUCAGGCGAAGCCAAUAAGAUCGCACAGCUUCACAACGUUGCGCUUACUUCAAUUCUUGCAAAACUGGAGACGCAACUCCAAGGAUUCGAGUACUCCUACUUCGACUUCUACACUUCAGGGAGUGAGAGAAUCCAAUACCCAUCAAAAUACGGUUUUAAGGAAGCAAAAAGUGCGUGUUGUGGUUCGGGUCCUUAUAGGGCAAAUUCGACUUGUGGAGGCCAAAGAGGAGUGAAGGAAUAUUCAUUAUGCCGUCAUCCUGAGAAGUACGUGUUCUUUGAUUCUGGCCAUUCAAGUGAGCGGGCUAACCGACAAUAUGCACAGUUGAUGUGGAAUGGGAGUGUGAGUGUAAUCAGACCUCGCAACCUGAAAGAAUUGUUGAAGCAUGAGGGUACUUGAAUUU